AUGGCCAAGGGCACUAUCCUUCACGACUGGCAUGCUGAAGUCGUGGCCAUUCGAGCCUUCAACCGCUACCUCUUGGACCAAUGUCUCCAACUCAGCACCCCACCGUACACCCCUUCCGACUUUCUUCGACAGCGUUCAGCAGACGAGUACACCGACUCUGAAUACCAGCCCUUCACCAUCAAAGACAACGUACGCAUCCACAUGUACUGCUCCGAAGCCCCCUGCGGCGACGCAAGUAUGGAACUCGUAAUGUCCACUCAAGAAGACGCUACACCCUGGACCACUGCCCCUGCUACCGUCACCUCCCCAUCAGCAUCAACAUCAACAUCAAAACCACCACCACCAACACCCACCACCGAAGCAGCCCUCCGCGGCCGCACCAACUUCUCUCUCCUCGGCCUCGUCCGCUGCAAACCCUCCCGCCCAGAUGCCCCCCCAACCCUAAGUAAAUCCUGCACUGACAAACUCGCCCUUGCACAAGCCACCUCCCUCCUCACCAGCACCACCACCCUCUUCCUCUCCCCCUCAAACGCCUAUCUCACCACUCUCAUCCUCCCCACCUCGCAACACAUCCCCUCCGCCUGCUCCCGCGCCUUUUCGCGCUCCGGCCGCCUAGGCGCGCUCAGCGAUGCGAAGAUCCAGGGCUGGAAGGGCGGCUACAAGUUUCGCCCUUUUGAGGUGAUGAGUACGACGAGGGAGUUUCGGUGCUGUAGAAGAGCGGUGCUGCGUGGCGAGAAAGCAGUGCCGAGCAACCUCAGCGCGGUGUGGACGCCGACAUGGCAGGAGACAUUGAUAGGCGGGGUGUUGCAGGGCAGGAAACAGGGGGAUGUGAGAGGUGCGAGCCGGAUUUGUAGGAAGAGGAUGUGGGGGUUUGCGAUGCGGAUUGCGGGCGUUGUUGAGGCCGUUGUUGGUGGAAGAAGGGUGUUGGGCAAGAGGACGUAUGGCGAGGUCAGGACGGAUGAGGUGUUUGAUGCGCGGACGAGGGUGAAGGAGGAUAUGAAGAGUGGGGGUUUGCAGGGUUGGGUGGGGAAUAGAGGGGAUGAGGAGUUUAGUCUUGAUGAGGUGCGAGAGUAG